AUGUCUGAGGGCUUCUCUGGGUGCCUUCCCCCUCCCCAUAGGCCCAUUGGUGACUUUGAUCAAAAGACUGGCCACUCUCCUUCCCAGGGCCUCCAGAGACAGAGGCGAGCUGCCGGAAGCAUCCUGCAUCUUGAAUUGCUGGUGGCCGUGGGCCCUGACGUCUACCAGGCUCACCAGGAGGACACGGAGCGCUAUGUACUCACCAACCUCAACAUCGGGUCAGAACUGCUGAGGGACCCGUCCCUGGGGGUCCAGUUCCGUGUGCACCUGGUGAAGAUGAUCCUUCUGAAGGAGCCCAAGGAUGCUCCAAAUAUCACAGCCAACAUCACAUCGUCACUGCUGGGUGUCUGUGAAUGGAGCCGGACAAUUAACCCUGAGAACGACACGGACCCUGGGCACGCUGACCUGGUCCUCUACAUCACCAGGUUUGACCUGGAGUUGCCUGAUGGGAACCGGCAUGUGAGAGGGGUCACACAGCUGGGGGGCGCCUGUUCCCCUUCCUGGAGCUGCCUCAUCACUGAGGACACUGGUUUUGACCUGGGGGUCACCAUUGCUCAUGAGAUUGGGCACAGCUUCGGUCUGGAGCACGACGGCGCGCCGGGCAGCAGCUGCGGCCCCGGCGGACACGUGAUGGCCACGGAUGGCGCCGCGGCCGCCCGCGCCGGCCUCGCCUGGUCCGUCUGCAGCCGCCGGCAGCUGCGGCGCCUGCUCAGGUAGCGGCGGGCGCGCUGUGUGUGGGACCCGCCGCGGCCCCGGCCCCGGCCCCGGCCCACGGGGCACCGGCAAGAGGCGCAGCCUGGCCUCUACUACAGCGUCGAGGAGCAGUGCCGCGUCGCCUUCGGCCCCGCCGCUGUCGCCUGCACCUUCGCCAGGGAGCACCUAGACUUGUGCCAGGCUCUCUCCUGUCACACGGACCCGCUGGACCAAAGUAGCUGCAGUCGCCUCCUGGUUCCGCUCCUAGACGGGACAGAGUGUGGCGUGGAGAAGUGGUGCUCCAAGGGUCGCUGCCGUUCCCUGGCAGAGCUGCCCCCGGUUACGGCGGUGCACGGCCACUGGUCCAGCUGGGGCCCCGAAAGUCCUUGCUCGCGCUCCUGCGGAGGAGGCGUGGUCACCAGGAGGCGGCGGUGCAGCAAGCCCAGACCUGCCUUUGGGGGGCGUGCGUGUGUUGGCGCUGACCUCCAGGCUGAGAUGUGCAACACCCAGGCCUGCCAGAAGACCCAGCUGGAGUUCAUGUCUGAGCAGUGUGCGGGGACGGAUGACCAGCCGCUGCACUUCCCUGCUGGCAGUACCUCCUUCUACCGCUGGGGCGCUGCGGUGCAGCACAGUCAAGGGGAUGCUCUGUGUAGACACAUGUGUCGUGCUAUUGGCGAGAGCUUCAUUGUGAGCCGUGGAGACAGCUUCCUGGAUGGGACCCGGUGUGUGCCAAGUGGCCCUCGUCAGGAUGGGACCCUGAAUUUGUGCGUGUCCGGCAGCUGCAGGACGUUUGGCUGUGAUGGCAGGAUGGACUCCCAGAAGGGACGGGAUGCGUGCCAGGUGUGUGGCGGGGACAACAGCACGUGCAUCCCACACAACGGCUCUUUCACGGCCGGGAGAGCCAGAGAAUAUGUCACAUUUCUGACGGUUACUCCCAACAUGACCAGUGUAUACAUCACCAACCGCAGGCCUCUCUUUACACACUUAGCGGUGAGGAUUGGAGGGCGCUACGUCGUGGCUGGUGACAUGAGCAUCUCCCCAAGCACCACCUACCCCUCCCUCCUGGAGGACAGCCGUGUUGAGUACAGAGUGACCCUCACCAAAGACCGGCUGCCCCACCUCGAGGAGGUCCACAUCCGGGGACCCUUCCGGGAAGACAUCGAGAUCCAGGUUUACCGGCGAUAUGGAAAGGAGUAUGGCAACCUCACCUGCCCAGACAUCAUCUUCACCUACUUCCAGCCUAAGCCGAGGGGGGCCUUGGAGUGGGCCGCUGUGCGUGGGCCCUGCUCGGUGAGCUGUGGGGCAGGGCUGCGCUGGGUGACCUACAGCUGUCUGGACCCAGCUGGGAAGGAAUGGAAGGAGGCCACCUGGUGUCAGGGAAGCCCGCAGCCACCGGCGUGGCCAGAGGCCUGUGUCUCCACGCCCUGUCCCCCAUACUGGGCAGCUGGAAACUUUGGCCCAUGCAGCGCCUCCUGUGGGGGAGGCCUGCGGGAGCGGGCAGUGCACUGUGUGGAAGCCCAGGGCAGCCUUUUGAGGACGUUGCCGCCGGCCCGGUGUGGAGGGGGGGCCCAGCAGCUGGCCUCAGAGGUGGAGACCUGCAACUCCCAGCCCUGCCCUCCCAGGUGGGAGGCAUCAGAGCCUGGUCCAUGCACAUCGACCCAAGGAGCAGACCUGGCCUUGCAGAGUGUGGCAUGUGUGCAGGGGGCAGAUGGCCUGGAAACUCCAGUCACAGUAGGACCCAGCUCCACAGACGAGAAGCCACCUGCUCUGGAGCCCUGUACCAGGAUGUCAUGUCCUCCUGGCUGGGGCCGUCUGGACCCCAACGCUCCGGGGAAGGAGGAGGCACCCUCCCCACAGGGCAGUGCUGGGCAGGGGUCACAUGCUGAACACAUGUGGACUCCUCUGAAGGGGCCAUGCUCUGUCUCCUGCGGACGAGGCCUGAUGGAGGUACGUUUCCUGUGCAUGGACUCUGCCCUCAGGGCUCCUGUCCGGGAAGAGCUGUGUGACCUGGCAAGCAAGCCUGGGAGCCGACGGGAGGUCUGCCAGGCUGCCCCGUGCCCUGCCCGGUGGAAGGUCAUGUCCCUUGGCCCGUGCUCAGCCAGUUGUGGCCUUGGCACUGCUAGGCACAAGGUGGCCUGUGUGCAGCUCCACCAAGGCCAGGACAUAGAGGUGGAUGAGGUGGCCUGUGCGGCUCUGGCACGACCCCAGGCCAAUGUCCCAUGCCUCGCUGCUGACUGCACUUACCGCUGGCACGUCAGCCCCUGGACGGAGUGCUCCGUCUCCUGUGGGGAUGGCAUUCAGCGCCGGCGUGACGUCUGCCUUGGACUACCAGCCCAGGCACCAGUACCAGCUGGCUUCUGCCAGCACUUGCCCAAGCCAGUGACUGUGCGCGGCUGCUGGGCCGGCCCCUGUGUGGGGCAGGGGACACCCAGCCUGGCGCCCCAUGAGGAAGCUACCACUCCGGGUCAGACCACAGCCUCAUCUGCGGAUGCUGCCCUGGAGUGGCCUCAGCCCCGGGCCCAGGCCCGUGUCCUUUCCACAGCUCCCCAGCCCCGGCGGUUCCUGCCUGGGCCCCUGGAAAGCCCACCGCAGUCCAGUACUUGUGGCAGGCAGCACCUUGAGCCAACAGGAACCAUUGACAUGCGAGGCCCAGGGCAGGCGGACUGUGUGGUGGCCAUUGGGCGGCCCCUGGGGGAGGUGGUGACCCUUCAAGUCCUCGAGAGUUCCCUUAACUGUAGUGUGGGGGAGAUGUUGCUGAUUUGGGGCCGGCUUACGUGGCGGAAGACCUGCAGGAGGCUGUCUGGCGUGACUUUCAGCUCCAAGACCAACACACUGGUGGUGAGGCAGCGCCGCGUGCAGCCGGGAGGAGGGGUGCUGCUUCGGUAUGGGAGCCAGCCUGCCCCGGGAGCCUUCCACAGAGAAUGUGAUGUGCAACUCUUUGGACCCUGGGGUGACAUCGUGAGCCCCUCGCUGAGUCCAGGCAGGAGGAACGCAGGGGGCUGCCGGCUCUUCAUCAACGUGGCUCCACAGGCCCGGAUUGCCAUCCAUGCCCUGGCCUCCGACAUGGGCAGUGGAUCUGAGGGAGCCAAUGCCAGUUACAUCUCGAUCCGGGACAUCCACAGCCUGAGGACUACAACAUUCCGUGGGCAGCAGGCGCUCUACUGGGAGUCAGAGGGCAGCCAGGCGGAGAUGGAGUUUAGUGAGGGCUUCCUGGAGGCACAGGCCAGCCUGCGGGGUCAGUACUGGACCCUUCAAUCUCGGAUGCGGAAGAGGCUAUGA